AUGCAGCGAGCACUCCUGAAACUCCACAUCAAAAGGCACACAUUGCGAGGUCUCGAUUGUGACAAACUGAAUCAGAAAUUUGUGACCUGCUCGUUCAGACUCGGGGAGAGGACUGUGACGGUGGCGGGGGCUGGACUGAGCUGCUGCGGCCCCACACGUCCCCCCGGGGUCCGCGGCAGCAGUGACCGACACAGCCCUCUCCAGCACCUCCUUGAGAUCGAUCAGUGUUUGACAAAGGUCGGCCAAAUCAUCUCGGGGAGGAACAGCGCUGACAUCAGAGCCUACCCCUUUAAGAGCCAGUGGGGCCACAUAGCGGAGCGAGCAAAGGAGAGGAGGGGGAGAAGACAGGGAUUAAAAAAGAAAAGGAAGAAAGCCACGGGGAGGGAGGAGGGAGAGCCCGAUAAAAAAAGAAAGAUGACAUCCUGGCUGCUGAACGGCCGAGGUGAGGAGCGAGGCUGUGGCCCGGAGACAGCGCCUCCAGCCGGGGUCAGGGCUUGA